GAAUCAGGUGAAAUGAGAGCAGAAGAGAAGGAAGAUGGAGAUUGUUGAAGAGAGCACAUCAAGGCAUGUAUCUAUUGGGUUCCCUUUGGGUUUGGCUCUUCUUGUAACUCUCAUAUUAUUUAUGUGCUUCUUCUUUUGUUGCUGCAUACAUUGGGAGAAGAUCGAAGCUUUCUUAAUCUCUUAUGGUGUUAUCAACAACCCUCACCACCCUCAUAUGACGAUGCAACAACCAGAUUUGCCUUCAACUCAUCACCAAAACCCAUCUUUUCUUUUUCCGGGGAAGGAGUGUGAGAGUUUGCCAGUAGUGAUGCCUGGAGAUGUGGUACCAAGAUUCAUGGGCAUAGCAUGUGCAUGUCAGCCUCCAACUCACCAUCAUGAAAUGAUCCAAAUCCAACUGCAGAAGCCACCAUUAACACAACAAAAUGCUUUCUCCAACUGCAACCUCUGCAACUAAUCAAUUCUUGACAUGUCUCUCGGCAGCUAAAAUUAAAAAAUAAGAUAAGACGGCGACGUAUCCGAUACUAAAUUUUAAACCGUCGUCAAUUUAAUAGGUGCCUUAUGUUAUAAAUUUUUUUUAUCUUAUUUGUUUUGUUGUUUUUUUAAUAUGAGACUAAUUUUAUAUACUCCUCACACUUUUAGUAUAACUCGUAAUUAAAAUCAUAGUAAAUAAUAGGGACUGAAAUAGCUAGGCAUGUUAUGUAGCACUACCAUUCAAGAAAAUAACAUGCAUUACUUGAUUGCUUCCUCUCAUCAUCUCUCAUG